AAAAUUAUUUAUACAUUCGUAUGUUUUUAUGUCAUCUCUUUUUGGAUAGGGCCAAUUUGAUGUCAAGCGUCACACUGCGUACAAUUAAAUAAGUAAACAAUCAUUGACAGUAAAGUUGUCCAUGUGAAGUAGUGUCAUGGGCCACAUCUGGCCCCUGGGCCAGCAGUUUGAGCUCCCUGCUUUUAAAAGGUCAGAAGUUUUGAGUUCUAUUUUUCACAGUUCCCAUUUCAUUUUCAUAAAACAAAAAUCCUUUAAUCACUGCACACAGCAGAUUGGCACAUUUAAAAGCAGGUUUUCUCUCCCUCUCGCUCCCUGAAUCAUACUGAGUACAGACGCACUGUGAGAUAUUUUAUCGUGCGGUUCUGUGUGUGUUAUUUCCACAGAAUCUGGUCCCGCCAGAAGCUCGGAUCUGCAGCAGGGGAGUGCGUCCGUAUUUGUUUUAAAGUCUCUUAGCCAGUUAAUAAAGAUGCAUUUCCUCCGUCCCCCUUCCUGUGCGGACGGUAUCAAGACUCUGUUAAGUUUCUUUGAUUUCCAGCCCCCUCCAAUCACAGCAGGACCCUGACUCAUCACUGCCAUACUUCAAAGCCUGGGAAUGGCCCUCCUGACCCCGCCCACCCCACUGGCCCUCUUAAAAGUCAUGGUCAGCCCAUCCUGCAGGACUGAAACAUCUGACUGGACUUCUUGAGCUGCAGGAUUUAUGCAAGGAGGGAACACUUUUCUCUAUUUCUGACACUUGGAUUUGCUGCAUGGUUGGCACUUUGCACACGAAUGUGCACGCAGCUGCCGCUGAUUCUGAAGCAUGCAGUCCAUCAGAGACUUGAAGCCCAACUUCAGCGGGCCUCCUCCUGCCGCCCUGGCUGCAGGCCCUGAGUCCUACCUGCAGGGCAACAUCAGGAUGACUCUGGAGGAUUCUGACCUCUGGAAGACCUUUCAUGAAAUAGGAACAGAGAUGAUCAUCACUAAACCGGGCCGGAGAAUGUUUCCGCACUGUAAAGUGAAUCUGUCCGGUCUUAUUCCAUGUGCAAAGUACAUCCUGUUGGUGGACAUGAUCCCUCAAGACGGCUUCAGGUAUAAGUGGAAUAAAGAGAAAUGGGAGGUGGCAGGAAAAGCGGAGCCUCAGCCUCCCUGCAGGACCUACCUCCACCCAGACUCCCCAGCCCCGGGGAGCCACUGGAUGAAGCAGUCUGUCUCCUUUCUCAAGCUCAAGCUCACCAACAAUACGCUGGACCAGCACGGCCACAUCAUCCUGCACUCUAUGCACCGCUACCACCCGCGUUUCCACAUCGUGCAGGCAGAUGACCUGUUCAGCGUCCGCUGGAGUGUUUUCCAGACGUUUACCUUCCCAGAGACCUCCUUCACAGCUGUCACCGCCUACCAGAACACCAAGAUUACCAAACUGAAGAUCGAUCACAACCCUUUUGCAAAAGGUUUCCGGGAUGAAGGCACGAACAAAAAAAGGCGUGCAAACAAGACCUCAGCGGCCUCAACAGCAAACCAGGAUGAGCACCAUUUGAGCAGAGACUCUGAGGAGGACAGUUCCCCAGAUUUCUGUCAGCCGACAUAUGAGGGCUAUAACAGAGGAGAAGGAGAUGCCCCAAAAAAGGAUGAGGUUGAGGUGGUGAAAGAGGAGCGGUACUCCCCCUGGACCGCUGAGAGGGAGCACAGUAUGAGGACCGAGUCUCCUGCUGGGACGGAUUCCAGAGACAUGUACAACGCAGAGCAGCUUGUGCCAGCUCCAACCACAUACCAGCCUUACAGGUUCCAUGAGUACGGAAAGUCACCGUCUCCUUCCUCCAGUGUCGGCAGCAGCAACGGUGGAUCGGGACGAACCAGCUAUGAGUCCAGGGUCCUUGAUGUCGCCACUGUCCCUGACCAUGAGUCUACAAAGCCACGCCCACAUGAGGUCAGCUCUUCCUCCUGCGGCCCCCAGCACCUUUCCAGCCCCCAGGACUACACCGGGGUGCUCAACAUGACCAUGACUCAGGGCAGCAAGCCGGGGGUGAUUGGCCACCAUAUCUACAACCCUUACGGUGCCGAGCAGCCGCUCAGCCAAUGGAGCGGCGCCGGUCCUGCUCAGUAUCCACCUCCUCACCACCUGACCACUGAGUACACCACGCAAGCUGUGCACCACAGCUAUCACCAUGGCAACAUGGCUGAGUGGAGCCAGUAUCCGCUGUUCUCUUACUCCUGCUGGUGAAAGGAUCUCUGAUGAGGAGACUCGUUAACUGUCUUUAGCAGCGCUGCUCCGCCAACACGUCAAUCCAGUACUCACAGCCGUGAGAAUGCAUGCCCAGGCGAGGCGGCGGGCCAGAGGCCUGUCACAAAUAUAGAAAAUGUGAAAUGUGAAAAAGAAUUAAGAGCAGCCUGUCGCCGUCAUGUGUUCAGACUGACUGCUUUGUUCACUACCCAGAAUGCAUCACACCACGCUGAUCAUUUGAAACUACUACUAAUCGUCUAUUUAUUUGUUUGUUCUCAUGUCAUCUCCAUGUGUAAAUAUUUUUGUAAAAAUGAGAAUAAAACAUACGUGAGUGAUUUAUGAUUUAUGUCCAUCUUAAAAAUUGCGAUGUGAUCUGAAAAUAAAAGCUAAAAUGU